AUGAGUUCUUCAUUUGAAGUUUACCUCAACGCACUCUUCAGAAGAUCUAAUCCUAAUCACGAUAUACAGAUGGCAACUUCGCCUAGUCUCGGUGCUCAUUACAAAGGAAAUCCUGUUCUUGGAACUCCAUACAUUACAUCGCUGACUUCUCCUCCUCCUUACACAAAUCUGCAGUCUAUUGGUGUUCCUUACAUGAACUCUAGACCUCUUACUGUUCCUCACGCCACUACUCUUACUCCAGUACCAAGCCCUCACCCUUACGCUAAACGGAGCUUUGGAUACAGGAAUGUUGAUCGUUCUAAACCUUACCGAUUGGAGCUACCAACAACUAAGCUAGAAGUACAACCAGAGACUCCUGCUUUACCGACCCCUCUACUCACACCUGUACCAAUGUUGUCCUCUACUCUGAACACCACCACUCCACCUACCACCCCUGGUUCUAUCUCCCCUCCGCAGUUCUUCUUUCCUCCUGACUUCCCUCUACCCAACAAGGCAGAUCAGCAGAACCUGAGAACACCCUCGCCUGCUCCUGCUAUCCAGAACCAGAUCCUAACACCACCUGGAACCCCAGCUCAGACCCCUUCUUCUUUUGGCAAGGCUCCAAAACAGAAGAGGAGGAGAACCAAGUUCACUACAUUCCAGCUAGACGUGUUAGAACGGGAGUUUGACGACUGCAACUAUAUCUCGACUGAGAGGAGACAAAGUUUGGCAGCAGUGCUCGGGUUGACGUCAGAGAAUAUCAGAGUUUGGUUCCAGAACAGACGAACUCAGAUCAAAAGGAUGGAGAACAACCGACCCAAACACAUUUAG